UCUGCGAGCCAUGGAGGGCAGAGGAGGACUGUCGGACGAGGCCGCGGCUGCUGCCUGCAAAAAGGGAGACCCCAUCACCACGGACUACAUGCUGCAGCAGACAAAUCUGCGGGUCAAAGAUCCCGCUAGAUCUCUGGACUUCUACACCCGAGUCCUGGGCAUGACCUUGCUCCAGAAAAUAGACUUCCCCUCGAUGCGUUUCACCCUCUACUUCCUGGGCUUCGAGAAGAAGUCGGACAUCCCGGCUGACAUCCGAGAGCGGACGGCAUGGACCUUCUCGCGCCACGCCACUAUAGAGCUCACCCAUAACUGGGGUUCAGAGUGCGAUGAAAGUCUGGCGUUCCACAACGGGAACACCACGCCCAAAGGAUUUGGGCAUAUCGGCAUCUCUGUUCCCGAUGUUCAGGCCGCCUGCAGAGUGUUUGAAGAGCAAGGAGCCACGUUCCUCAAGAAACCCCAAUCUGGUAAAAUGAAGGGUCUGGCCUUCAUCCAGGACCCUGACGGAUACUGGAUUGAGAUCCUAAACCCUAACAAAAUGGUCCCACUAAUGUCCCCUCCAAUCACAGACACACCGGGGGGGGAUAGCCAGACCACCGCGGUCGGAGAACCACAGAAGAAGACUGUGAAACUUUAA